ACGGAACAUACAAACUAAUUAAUAACUGACAACUAACUAGAAAUGAUGGAGUCGAAUGGCUAAACUACCACCCAUUAGACACUACGAAAUACCUGGAACCGUACCGAAGGAACAAGAAUGGAGUGCAAAGAAAUCAGUUGGUUUAUACUAACUCGUCAAUAGAUAUUGGAUAUUGGAAUCUCUGUUACCACGGUGUCGUUCGCGGCGCGUGAAUCGAUGGAUCAAACUAAGUUCGACUCUCUAGAAUCCGUGAAGGUGGUUGUGAGAUGUAGACCAUUGGAUGAAAAAGAAGUUUUAGCCGGUCACAGAAAGUGUGUGUUUGUUGAUUGUUCGAAAGGCAUUAUCGAAGUUCAUAACCCUAAUGGCAAACAAAAUGAUGAACCUAGAAGAUUUAGUUUUGACGCCGUUUAUGAUGAAAACUCUAAACAACGAGACUUAUAUGAUUCAACUUUUCGGGACCUAAUUAAUAGCGUCUUACAUGGCUUCAACGGAACGAUUUUUGCUUAUGGACAAACUGGGACCGGGAAAACUUUUACUAUCCAAGGACAUCAGGAUGACCCGGAAUUAAGAGGUUUGAUGCCUAACUCAUUCAUUCAUGUAUUCGAUCACAUAUCAAAGUCUAAGGAUUCUCAGUACCUCGUACGAGCCAGUUAUUUGGAAAUAUACAAGGAGGAAAUCCGUGACUUACUUCGCAGAGACCAGUCAAAACAGUUAGAAAUUCGAGAAAAGCCAGACAGUGGAAUAUAUGUAAAAGAUUUGUCCUCUGUUCUUACUAAAAGUAUAGACGAGAUUCAGAAGGUCAUGAAAAUCGGAUAUCAAAAUCGUGCAGUUGGAGCCACUAAUAUGAAUGAACACAGUUCGCGGUCCCAUGCUAUUUUCAUUGUAACUGUUGAAUGCUGCAAGAUCGGCGAAGAUGGAGAAAACCAUAUACGGGUUGGCAAAUUAAACCUCGUUGAUUUAGCAGGUAGUGAACGUCAGUCCAAAACCUUAUCGGAGGGAGAACGCUUGAAAGAAGCCACUAAAAUCAAUUUAAGCCUUUCCACUUUGGGAAACGUGAUAUCGGCACUGGUGGAUGGGAAAAGUACGCACAUACCAUAUCGUGACUCGAAACUCACUCGUUUACUUCAAGACUCUUUGGGAGGCAAUUCAAAAACUAUCAUGAUUGCAAAUAUUGGACCCGCGACUUAUAAUUAUGAGGAAACUAUAAACACGCUGAGAUAUGCUAACCGUGCAAAGAAUAUUAAGAACAAACCAAAAAUAAAUGAAGAUCCAAAAGAUGCUUUACUGCGAGAAUACCAAGAAGAAAUAAAUAGGCUUAAAUCGCUAUUAAGAAAUCGUGUUGCUGCCAUUCCAAAACAACCUCAAGAAAAGACUGGAAAGCAGAAGUCUCGACAAAAAAAUGCUUUGUCGGACGCUGAAAAUGACACAGAAAAUGAUUCGACUAGCAUAGAAAACUAUAUGAGAAAACAGCAAGCAAAACUACUGGCUGAAAAGAAUGAAAUAUUGAAUGACCGUUCACUUGUUGCAGAAGAAAAGUCUCGUUUAUUAAGUGAACUUAAGAUAAAAGAAGAAAAACUUCAAGAAGAACAAAAACAAACGCAACAAUUAGAAUCUAAAUUGAGAGCUAUGGAGAGUAAAUUACUUCACGGCGAUCAAUCCAUUGUUGAACAUACUCGUAUGCAAGAAGCAACCUUAGCUCAACAACGAACACAAAUGGCUGAACAGAGGCGUCGUGAACAAGAAAUAGUAGCUCGUAUGGAAGAAGCAGAAGGUAGCAUGGCUAAUUUACAAGAGGACUUCACGUCUUUAAAACAAGAAGUAGAAGUAAACACUAGGAAAUUGAAAAAACUAUUUGGAAAAUUACAAGAAAUUAAAAAAAAGACAUCUAAUAUGCAAGAAGAACAUACUGUAGUACGUCAAGAACACGAGAAAAUUCAAGAUCAGCUAACACGUGACAUCAAAUUGCAGUUAUUAAUUCUGGAAAAUUUUAUACCAAUUGAAGAAAAAGAGAAAUUAGAAAAACGAAUUUAUUUUGAUGAGGAAAAUGAAAACUGGCAACUGAAACCUCUUUUUCAGUCUACUGAUGAUGUUACAAAUAUAAGUAUUCCAUCUUGUAAACGAUCGGUUUGCCGUUAUGCACGGAUGGCUGCCAAAUAUGAUCCAAACCCUAGAUUCCGAAAUGAACAAAUAUUGAGCUUGAGUAUGGACUUACCUGGACGUAUUACAAGAGAUUAUGAACCACCUGCAUUGGCUCCACAGGUGGUGGCUGCGUUGGAAGCUGCACUACAAGACGAAGAAGAUUUAGAAUUAGAUGGAAGUCCCUCAUUAUUUCAAUCUUCUUUGACCAAAUUGAAGAAAUCAGAAAAACGAAUACAUGGUAUAACACACAGAAAUGAUGGUCAAAUAUUCCCACAGUCCAAAGGACUUGUACCUAAAUAAAAACAAAGUUUGUUUAAUAAACAUUUAUUUUUUGUUCAUCAAACUUUUCAAC